CGGCGACCGCGAGCGUGCAGCGCGCCGCCAUCGCGGUGCAGGCGCGCCUCGAGCACACCGCGCACAGCAGCAAGCAGUGGCUCGCGCGCGCUAGCAGAGGUGAGCUACCUUACACAGUCCGGUACAGUAGCAGCAGACGAGACUGCAGCGCUGGAAUCGCUUCGCAGCGUAGCGCCGGCGGCCGCGAGCGUGCAGCGCGCCGCCAUCGCGGUGCAGGCGCGCCUCGAGCACACCGCGCACAGCAGCAAGCAGUGGCUCGCGCGCGCUAGCAGAGCCUACACAUCAUGGGUGCGCUUCUACUCUGCCUACCCGCGCGAGGUGCGUCAAUGGCUGGACGCGAGGCAGAUUCACCUCGGCCAUGCGGCCAAGUCCUUCGCGCUGAGAGACACGCCCGCCAUGCUGGCCAGGAGGGCUAAGGGACUCCCUAGCAAUAAGGAGAAGCCCCAGAACAGGCUUACGCUGCACGAGGAUGUGGACAAGAAACGACCUGGUUUCCCUAAAAUGAAGAUUGGCAAAUUCGGAAGCAAUGUCUCUAACAAACAGAGUUCUAUGCACACGGCGAGCGAGUUCGACAGCGGACUACCGCCCCUGGAACCCGCAAAGAAAAAGAAGAAAACUAAAUAAGCUAUUGUAAUGUUGAAAAAUCGUUGUUUAUAUCAAUAAAUCGACUUUAUUUUUA